GCCAGGACCAGGGGACCGAGGCUGGCGAUUCCCGGAAUGGACGGAGGUGCUUUAACUGACACAAGUCUCACAGAUUCCUAUUUCAGCACCAGCUUUAUUGGAGUCAAUGGAUUUGGAAGCCCUGUAGAAACAAAGUAUCCCUUGAUGCAGAGAAUGACUAGUAGUAGCAGCUCCCCAAGUCUUCUAAAUGACAGUGCCAAGCCAUAUGCAGGCCAUGAUCCUCUGACUUCACCUGCUUCAUCCUUGUUUAAUGACUUCGGUGCCCUCAGCAUCUCCCAGAGAAGGAAGCCAAGGAAGUGUCGCCUGGGGAUGCUGGAGGAGAGGCUAGUUCCGAUGGGAUCAAAGGCACGAAAAGCAAAGAACCCUAUUGGCUGCCUUGCUGACAGGUGUAAAUCAGGAGUACCCAUCAAUAUGGUUUGGUGGAACAGAGUCACAGAAAACAAUUUACAGACACCAAAUCCUACUGCAAGCGAGUUUAUACCUAAAGGAGGAUCAACCUCCAGGCUGAGUAACGUGUCCCAGUCAAAUAUGUCUGCCUUCUCUCAAGUUUUCUCUCACCCAUCCAUGGGAAGCCCUGCUGCUGCUGGAUUAGCACCAGGAAUGUCACUGUCUGCUGGAUCCUCCCCUCUCCAUUCCCCCAAAAUUACUCCACACACUUCUCCUGCUCCUAGAAGAAGAAGUCACACUCCAAACCCAGCAAGUUUCAUGGUGCCGCCUAGUGCCUCCACUCCUGCCAAUAACCCCGUUCCUCAGACUCCAUCCUCUGGUCAGGUGAUCCAGAAGGAGACUGUCGGGGGGACGACGUACUUCUAUACAGAUACAACUCCAGCACCUUUGACUGGAAUGGUUUUUCCAAACUAUCAUAUUUAUCCUCCAACUGCACCUCAUGUUGCUUAUAUGCAACCAAAAGCAAAUGCACCUUCCUUCUUCAUGGCCGACGAGCUCCGACAGGAGCUGAUCAACAGACAUUUAAUAACAAUGGCUCAAAUCGAUCAAGCAGAUAUGCCAGCAGUCCCCACUGAAGUUGACAGCUACCAUAGCCUCUUCCCUCUGGAGCCACUGCCUCCCCCCAACCGGAUACAGAAAUCAAGUAAUUUUGGGUAUAUCACAUCUUGCUACAAAGCUGUAAACAGCAAAGAUGAUCUGCCAUAUUGCCUUCGGAGGAUACACGGUUUUCGUCUGGUUAACACAAAGUGCAUGGUGUUGGUUGAUAUGUGGAAGAAAAUUCAACACUCAAAUAUUGUAACUCUGCGUGAAGUGUUUACCACGAAAGCAUUUGCCGAGCCCUCGCUUGUGUUCGCGUAUGAUUUCCAUGCUGGAGGAGAAACUAUGAUGAGCAGACACUUUAAUGACCCGAAUGCCGAUGCCUACUUCACAAAGAGAAAGUGGGGCCAGCAUGAUGGACCACUGCCCAGGCAGCAUGCUGGACUGUUGCCCGAGUCUCUCAUUUGGGCAUAUGUUGUCCAGCUGAGUUCUGCUCUGCGCACCAUUCAUACAGCAGGUUUGGCGUGUCGAGUAAUGGAUCCAACAAAGAUUCUGAUAACUGGCAAAACAAGAUUGCGAGUAAAUUGUGUAGGAGUUUUUGACGUUUUAACAUUUGAUAACAGUCAAAACAAUAAUCCUUUGGCAUUAAUGGCUCAAUACCAGCAAGCAGAUCUGAUAUCAUUAGGAAAAGUCGUGUUGGCUUUGGCUUGCAACUCUUUGGCAGGAAUUCAGCGAGAGAAUUUACAGAAAGCCAUGGAACUGGUGACAAUCAACUACUCCUCUGACCUGAAGAACCUCAUCUUGUACUUACUGACUGACCAAAACAGGAUGCGGAGUGUGAAUGACAUCAUGCCUAUGAUUGGUGCUCGGUUUUAUACUCAACUGGACGCUGCUCAGAUGAGAAAUGAUGUCAUUGAGGAAGACCUUGCUAAGGAGGUUCAAAAUGGAAGACUGUUUAGACUUCUAGCAAAAUUGGGAACAAUCAACGAGAGGCCAGAGUUUCAGAAGGAUCCGACUUGGUCAGAGACUGGAGAUCGUUAUCUGCUGAAACUCUUUAGGGAUCAUCUUUUUCAUCAGGUCACAGAAGCAGGUGCUCCCUGGAUUGACCUCAGUCACAUCAUUUCCUGUCUCAACAAGCUAGAUGCUGGUGUGCCAGAGAAAAUAAGCCUGAUUUCCAGGGAUGAGAAGAGCGUGCUGGUGGUGACGUACAGUGACCUAAAACGCUGCUUUGAAAAUACCUUUCAGGAACUGAUUGCGGCUGCAAAUGGUCAGUUGUAGUAUUUGCUGAAAGUGUCCACAGGGCAUGGUGAAGGACUGAGCCUAUAGCCAGUUGCACUACGGUGACCUGUCGCUGUCUCCUGCCACCAGGGUGAUGAGCAGGAAGGAAGGAAGGAGUGGAGCUUCUUGCACUUGGGUCAGGUGCACUGUUACUUGAGAGGAAGAAUGUCUCACUUUCUACGCACUCUGGCUGCCACAGGCCUCUGUGAAGAGUUUAUGUCAGUGAAUGAUGCUCCUGCUUCUGUUUUCCACUUGUGUAUGCACUAAUUUUAAUUUUUUAAAGACUUUUUUCUGAUCUUUGACCUCUUGCCACAUUGUAUACUUAUUAAGGGAACUAUUUGCAAGGACAUUGGGAAACAAAAAGAGGCAGCUUUUUGCCACCAAGAGAUGCAGAAUUUGCUUUUGGGGGACGGGCCAGGUCAAUAGUACAGUGUAGUGCAUAGUCCUUAAGAGUAUCGUAUGCAAGCUCUGUGUGCCACCUACCAUUAGCUCAAAUUGAAGCUUGUGUCGUGUUUAAGAACACACAAAGAGAAAUAUCAGUGAGUUGUUGAAUAUGAAUUUUCCCCUAUUGGUUGAUUUAAAUCCUUUUCCAGGUAACGAUCGGAACAGUAGCUGAAGGAGCAGGCCCUGCUCUUCUCCAGGUUCGUUCGGAGCCUGCCAGUCAGAUAGAUACACUUACAUUGAUGCAAUUUUUAAUAGCAAAAAUGAAAUUGUGUUGAAGGCCUAAAGUUGAGGAGUUGUAUUACUCUAAGGUCUUUGCAGUUUGCUUUUUUUGUCUUUGAACUACAGCUUUAUAAUGGUACUUUACACUGGAUACAGACUUAGAGACACUGUGGAGGAGGUGGGCAGAGGAGCGCAGCAGUGGUCGAUGCUUGGCAGUCCGACUCUGGAGGGACACUUGUCCGCUGUGCCUUUGCACUCUCUGCUUAACCCAAAGUGACUGCAGGACCGUCCUGAGAGCCCUCUCAAAGUUCGCAGUGUGCCUGCCUCCUUGGAACGCUUCUUAUUUGACAUACCAUUGUCGCCAAACUCCUCAAGUAUUUGUGGGAUUUCUGGUCACUUGGAUACCGAAGACUGCCAAAUACAUAGGGAUUUUCUCCUAAGGCCGCCAUGAAGACUUCAUCUCCUUCUCAGAGCUGAGUGUUCAGUUGGUGCUGGGUGUGCGCCUCGUGACUAGGAAGAGAAUGGAGAGACUCAGAAGGUCAAGACAGACUCCCAAACACCUGCAGCUGACGUUACUGUCUUCAUUUUUAACAAGCAUACGUAUUUGUAUAUUUCAGAGAAGUUUUUAACAUUUCUCUGUCCACUUUUUAUAAGCUUUAAAAUGAUUUUUCUCUGCCUUGAGAUUUGCAUCAAGAAAAAGCACCUCUCUUCACCGAAAAGCUUUGACUAGAGACACAGGUCACAUGUCUAACAAGCAUGUCUGCAUCCACGAGUGGUCGCAUCAGUUGUCAAUGGAAAAUCAAUGGCUGCAUUUGAUCUGGAUGGAUUUAAAAGAACAUGAUGUUCACUAUUCGAAGGAUAAUGAACAUUUGCCACCAUGAUGGUCCUUUUGUUUAAAAGGACCUUUUAUUUAAGAGUAACAAGAACUUUUGAUGUAACACGCAAAAGUCUUUAUCAUUAGCUCAUGUAUUUGAGGAAGAGCAGCUGUCUUUUUAUAUGUUUUUUGACAAAUCAUAUUGUAAUUCUUUUGUACAAAAAAGAACUACUUGUAUUCUAGAAGAAAUAUGAAAUGCUUAAUUUAUAAGCGGGCUGGAGAUUUUUCCAAUAUUGUUUUCUUUGAAAAUGAAAGGGGAUCAUCUAUUUUAGUUUUGGGGGCCUGGGAACUUUUUGAAGAUUUUCAUUUGUGGACCAAUGUUAUGUGAAUGCUAAAGAAGGGCAGGGGUACAUUAGGGCUUGAACCUCUUGAUCCGCAUAGACCAGCAACUUCCCUCUGCAGGGCAGGUUCACAUCACAAACCCAAUGUCUACAUCGGAAACGCCAGUUUGCUUCAGCCCCUAGGAACCUCAGGGCUUGGUGUGGGUAGUUAAGGGAGUCAGCUGAACGUUUUCAUGAGUAAAUAUUGUCAGCCAGAAAACAGUUGGUGUCAGGUAAUGCAUAUUUUUUUAGCUUUAUUUUAUAUUUAUUUUUCAUUUCAUUUUUAUUGGGAAUGGUUUCAAAAGAACUCUGAGUUCUGCUUUGGUGUUUUUUGGGCAGAGGGUUUUUGUUUUUAUUUUUUUGUUUUCAUUUUUUUUUUAAGGGAGCCCUCUUUUCCACAAUGUAAACCCAUUUAGGAGGUUGUCUGAAAGUUAAUAUUUAGUCCAUAGGAAGCCUUUACUAUCUGAGAGUGUCGAAUUAAGGAUGUGAACUCCCCGUAACUUCCUGGUAAGACAGACAGAGCACGGAAAGGACAACCUGGAAAUCAUGUAGUGUCUCUCAUUUCAGCUGUCUGUGCCUCUUCUAAACCUGUUGGUAUUUACUUCUCUGCAGAUGCCUUUGAGGGUGCCCUUGAACUUUGCUUUGACCUUGGUUCUGUCAUUUGGAUAUCAACAUUGUCCCUAAAAAGCACCAGUAUGUUAAGUUCUAACGUCACAGUCCCAGUCUCUGUUGCUCAUCUUUAACCCUGUUCUCAGUCUCUAUGUGUAUAGCAGUAUUUUUUAAUAAAGAAUUGCAGAGAUAAA